CCUGACGGACCUCACACCAACCGUUGACGCACAAAGCUGAGCUGAGUGACUUAGCUCCCUGAUUAACCACCGAUAAAUAGUUUAUGUGAUCGAUCUCAGUAUAUUGGUUUCUGUAAAUGUAAUGUAACUGCAGUGAAUAUCCAAGAUGGACGGAGGUGUUUCCUCGGUAACCGGUCCCGUUCUUCCCCUCUCCUCUCUUCGCCUCCUGGUCCCUCCUGUCCGGCUUGUUUCUGCAGCUAUCUGGCAGACGGUGGAGCAGAAAAUCGUGUCAGAUUAUGGGCUGCUUGAGGAGUUUGUGUUCACGAUUACGGAAAUUGUUCCUCAGCUUUUGUCCACUAGACAGCGGGCUGAGCUCAUCCUGGGACUCAGAGCAAGGCUCAUCCUGGAGUUGUGUCGAUCUGAAGAGACUGCCUACCUUGAGAUCAUUCAGCCACAUCUAGACCGGAUGCAGAACCUCCGGUCCCUGUGGAACGUGGAGGCAGAUAAUCCGGAACAGGAAGUAGCAGACUCACAUUUUAUGGGUCUUGUCCGAAAUCUCCUGAGAGAUCCCGAAGAGAGAAGAAACUUUUUCCAGGAUGUUUUUCCAGGAGACUUUGGCCCCACGUACGAUAAAGCCAUCCAGACUCUGAUGUGGCUGUUUCUGUCCAGACUUGAAAAACUUCUUCCAAGUCAGACACUCCAACAGAUUGCAUCUCUGCUCAGUGACUCCUCAUCUGUUCUCAAUGAAUGCAUGCAGACUUUGGCUCAUCCACAGGAGCUUAAAACUCUGCUGGACUCUCAAAAAGACCUCAGCCAGUUAGAGGACAUUGAUUCUUACGUUGUUGACAGUGGCAUCUUGUCAGCGCUCUGUCUCCCCCCGGUGGAGAGAGUGGUGAUCGUCGAUGAACACACAGGAACGGAUACGGUGAGUGGACUGGUGUACACGGUGUGCUCAGAGAUGGAGGUGGAGUCUGAAAAUAAGGAGGCUGAAGAAUGUGCACAGAGCCAGUGGUACGGUGUCAGCGGUGAGGUCAAAGCAGAGAUGGACAGCGAGGCUGCCACAGACCCCACCGAAGCCACUGAGGCCAGUGAGAGUGAAACAGCAGAGGAACAAUCUGAAACACUGAUGAUCGGUGAAGACGGGCAGGUGACUGUGCUUAACGCGGAGGAGGCAAAGCCGAAAAGACGAGGGAGGAAGAAGAAACAACCUGAAGACGAGGACUUUGAAGUCAAAGGUAGAAAGAGGGGGAAACAAGAGGAAGACAUUUUGUGGGAAAGACCGGUGAGGAAGAACCGUGGGCUGAAGAUGAAAAGGUACCUGUCACAGUGGAGGAAGUCAAAGACACAGGCAGGUAACGCUGCCAACAGCAGCGCUAGAAAAUACAACACAGGCCGAAGUGCGGCCAGGAGCAACGACUUGGACGAGAGAACGUGCAAAGUGUGCGGCAAAGUGAUGGCUAGUGUCAAGUUUUUGGAGCGUCACAUGAAUCUACACUCGGGAGAGCUGCCCUUUUCCUGUCCUUUAUGUAAAAAGUUUUAUAAGAGCUUACGUUUCCUACAGCAGCAUAAGUGUCCAAAUCAACCAAAAGGAAAGCCAGGCAGGAAACCCAAACAAGCAGCGCCUGCAGGAGACGAGGGCCAACAGUCAGUGAAUCCUUUGGACACAACCAAUGAAACACAACCGUCACACAACGCAGACCAGGACCCUGACCAAUCAGAAGCCGGGCAGACGAGCCCAGAGGACAAGAGCCUGUUAGAGGGGCCGUUUUUCUGUCCACACUGCAGUGCUGAGUUCAAGUGCAAACAGACUUUCAGAUUCCAUUUAAGGAACAUUUGCUACAAUGAGCAGCAGGUGGACCCGGAGAAACCAGAAGAUGAGAAGCACUGUUUCAAGUGUGAUGAGUGCGACAAGGCGUUUAAGUACAAAUCAACGCUGGAUUCCCACAAACAAACUCACAACCCGCUGUACUGCGAGGUGUGCAUGAAGCUGGUGCGUGACUCGGAGGCGUUGGCCAUGCACAAAGAAUCCCACACGCCAUUUCAGUGCAACCGCUGUGAGGAGAACUUCCCCGUGUUCAAAGCCCUUCAUAAGCACUACAUCGACGCCCACAAUCCCACCGAGCCUUACACCUGCACGCAUUGUCAGACCACGUUCACCAGCCUGAAGCGUUUCAUCAGACACGAGUGGAAGCACACUGGGUACCAGCCGUUUCAGUGCGCUCACUGCGUGAAGAGAUUCAGAUCGUACUCUGACCUUGUGGAGCACCAGAAAAAACACACAAAAGCGUAUCCGUUCCUCUGUUGGGAAUGUGGAAAGAAAUUCAGGCACGGCGUGACGUUGACCAGGCACGUGGAGCGCGUGCAUCACUCCGGAGAACCCAUAAUUGACAAACCCUCUGCGAUCUUCACCUGCCCUCAGUGUGGGAAGGUGUUCACGUCCAGGAGAUGCCUCCUGAAACAUGACAACUUCCAUCACAAAGGGCUGAGGUUUCCAUGUGAGCACUGUGGAAAGGGAUUCUUUGGGAAGGACGCGCUGGUGAGGCACACUCUGAUCCACACGGGAGAGCGGCCUUUUAAGUGCGAUGACUGCGACAAGUCGUUCAGAUCAAUGGCAGAGCUGAAGAUCCACAGGAGGUACCACACAGGAGAGCGGCCGUUUAAAUGUAACAUCUGUGAGAAGGGCUUUGUGCAGUCGUGCUUUCUCACCUUACACAUGCGGACCCACACCGGAGAGAGACCAUACAUCUGUACGGUUUGUAGCAAAGGCUUCUCCAGCCUGCACGGCCUGAAGAGACACCGGAGACUCGUUCAUGCAUAGUCACCAUGCUAACUCCCUCGGACGUGUUCUAUUUGAUGUUCUUUUUGAAGGAGCUCAGCUGUGGAUUAAAUGAAAGAGUUGUGCAGGAACCGUUGUGUUCAAGAAUGCUUCAGCAGACUGAAAUAGGAAAACCAAAUGGGAACGUUAACAUGAUGGCUAUAUUUGCAAUCUCUCUGGCCUUCGCAGCUUUCAUUGGCAGAAACUGUGUAAAUGUACAGUGAGUAAUUCAAAUUAACUUUGUAUUUUUUACAGAAAGGUUUGCUGUAGUUCUGCUAAAGAUUUGUAUGUAUUCAUGAUGUACAACUUGUUUCCUUUUCAGAAAUAAUUUCUUUUUCUUGAAUAAAUUAAACAUUUGAUUCUAAGUAUCA